AGUACAGCUCUUCGUACUAUACUAAAAUUUUUGUAAGUACGGCUCUUCAAUACUCUGCUAAACAUUUUUUUGAGUAUAGUACGGCUUUUCAUACUCUACUCAUACUCACAUUUUAGUAUGGCUCUUCAUACUCUACUCAAUGUACUCUUGCGGUUUAGUACGGCUUUUCAUACUCUACUAAACAUACUCUUUGAGUUCAGUACCUGACCUCUGUACUCUACUCAGGUGAGUAGAGUAUUCACCUCUCUCAUACUCUACUCUACUCAGCCGUUAGUACAGGUUCUCCAUACUCUACUAAACAUACUAUACUAUACUAAACAUUCCCGUGAAAAAUUACACGGUGGUGUAGCGACUCAUAAUAAGAGAAUGGAAUCAGGACGACAAACAAACGACGGAGAGAGGCACACGGAGGUCAGGUCUAAGACGCCCACCGUGUUCAAGCUCAACCACUUCAUGCCGGCAAAGCGCGUCCGUGUGACUGUGAACGUGGGGGAGUUCGGGCAGGAGCGCGAGGCACAAUUCACGACCACGUCCGACAAGAGCCGGUGGAAGAAUGCCUCGGUGAGCUGCAACUGCUUCAAGUUUGUGGAGAAAGUCGCCUUGUGGAACCGGCUGGCACGGGUGGCGGGAGACCUGGACUGCGUGCUUCACCUCGGUGACCAGAUCUACGCAGACACCGAUUUCGGUGCCAAGAAAGCGGGGGGCGUAGGUUUCGAGUCCGCGUGGGAAUAGAUCGGACUGGGACAACAAGCGGGAGGACCUUCUGGAGUGCUACCGGAAGACCUACCGCACGACUUGGAACAUGCCUGCCGUGGCCACCGUACUCGCGAGCGCCGCCAACUACAUGAUCUGCGAC